GCAACAAUCAAGGGGGUCUCAAGCUUCAAUGCUGAGCAAGAAGCACAGGCACUAAGGAAGGCUAUGAAGGGAUUUGGCACAGAUGAAGAUGCCAUCAUUGAGAUCUUGACCAAACUAAACGUUUCCCAACGUCAGCAAGUUCUGAUCACCUAUAAAAGCAGUAUUGGCAGGGAUUUGAUUGAUGACUUGAAAUCUGAGCUGAGUGGGAAUUUUGAAAGGGUGAUCAUUGGUAUGAUGACUCCUACCACCAUGUACGACGUGCAUGAACUGAGGAGGGCUAUGAAGGGUGCAGGAACAGAGGAAGGUUGCCUGAUUGAAAUUCUGGCUUCUCGCACAAAUGAAGAGAUUCGGCGCAUUAAUGAGAACUACAAACUUCAAUAUGGCCGUACCCUCGAGGAGGACAUCGUCUCUGACACAUCUUCCAUGUUUCGAAGAGUCCUUGUGUCCCUCGCGACAGGUAACAGAGAUGAGGGAACGUAUGUGGAUAAUGCCCUUGCCCAACAAGAUGCUCAGUGCCUGUAUGAAGCUGGGGAGAAGAAAUGGGGAACAGAUGAGGUUCAGUUUAUGGCUAUCCUCUGUACACGGAACAGAUGCCACCUACUAAAAGUUUUUGAUGCAUACAGAGGGAUUGCUAAUAAGGACAUAACAGACAGCAUUAAAUCUGAGAUGUCAGGAGACCUUGAAGAUGCUUUGUUAGCUGUGGUAAAGUGUGUGCGAAAUAAACCUGCAUAUUUUGCUGAAAGAUUGUAUAAAUCCAUGAAGGGCUUGGGAACAGAUGACAACACGCUGAUCCGAGUGAUGGUGUCCCGCUCUGAAAUAGAUAUGCUGGAUAUCAGAAGGGAAUUCCUGACCAUGUAUGGGAAAUCGCUCUACUCCUUCAUUAAGGGAGACUGCUCAGGAGACUAUAGGAAAGUUCUGCUCAGACUCUGUGGUGGAGAGGAUUAAAGGAUGCCUGGUGUACUGCCUGGGUGAUGGGAAGCAGCUGAU